CAGCCGAUGUUCAAUUCUGUUUUUCCUCCUUGUCUUGCGGUUUCUGUUAUCCUCUCUCGUCAUAUUCAGGUCGUACUGUGUGGACGAGCACUAGAGCGAACAACAUUCCUGAAAGAUCUUCUUUCGCUCAUUGCCUUUAUCGAAAAUCGCCCAUCUUCCUCAUCGCCCGCAACCGAUGCCAAGGGAGACACUCCACUGGUUCGUAAUACACCUGAAAUCGGAUCGUUCUAUGUUUGGUGCAAAAACUGCCACGACAUCAACCGGGCCAAAUUGCGAGUUUACUGCAGCGCAUGUAAUUCCUCUGCUGUACUGGUAAAGAAGGAGCCAUCAUGUUGGAGAGAUGUUAUGAAGAGCCGCCAGAUUGAGGUUAACUGUGCCGACUGUAAUGACGCGUCCUACGCCGUAUUCUAUUUCAAGUGCAUCACAUGUAAUGAGAUAGGAGCCGUACUUUCUCACAUUCGUGGUAAUUGGGAGCAUGCUGAAUGCAGCGUCUGCUUAGAUGAACACACCACGUACCUUUUCGAUCUCGGCUGUCAUCAUAUGGUUUGCCGACAGUGCAUGUAUGAAUGCUUGGCUUUCGCUCUCAAAGAAUCUCGCUUCGUUUUUCGUCCCCCAUUUGGCUACACCAUCACCUGCCCAUAUCCAGGUUGUGAAAGGUGUGUCACCGAUGUGCACCAUUUUCGGAUACUGGGUGACGAAAAAUACCAGUUAUAUCAGAAAAUCGCUGCUGAAAAACUUGUUGAACUGGACGACAGAGGCGUAUUCUGCCCUUAUCCUGAUUGUAAUUCAUCGUUUUUCUGGGAAACGGAAGAUGACGAUGGUAAAACAUCGUGCCCUGAUUGUCUUCGCCUUUUUUGCAGGUACAAAAAUCAUUUUAGGAAAUGCCCUGGCUGCAGGGUGAACACCGAACGGAACGAAGGUUGUACUCAUAUCCACUGUACAAAUUGCGGAAUGGACUGGUGUUUCAUUUGCGUUGCGCCAUGGACCGAAGAUUGUCAAUGGAAUCAUUGGUUUGAUUGA